UCUCUAUCUGACCCCCCUACUACGCCUAUCCCUAACCCCUACAAAAUGUCCGUACUAAUAUCUCUAACUCUUCCUAACGGCUCUUCUCCACCAGCGACGGAGAAGGCAGAUGAGGAGCCAGUGACUAUUCCAUUGCUGCGUCGAUCAGCAUCCAAUAAUACUUCUCAGGUUGCCAUUGUUGGCUCCAGUGUCUGCCCUAUUGAAAGCCUCGACUACGAAAUCAUGGAGAAUGAUUAUUCCAAGCAAGAUUGGAGGCGUGGAGAAAAGAUUCAAAUAUUGCAGUACUUAUCCAUGAAAUGGAUGGUGUGCUUUUUCAUUGGAUUGCUUGUCGGCCUUGUUGGUUUCUGUAACAAUUUUGCUGUUGCGAACAUUGCUGGAAUGAAAUUUGUGGUGACCUCUGAUAUGAUGCUUGCGAGAAGGUAUACAACGGCUUUUCUUGUAUUUGUAUCUUCCAAUUUCGGACUGACAUUAUUUGCUGGUCUAAUUACGGCUUUUAUCGCACCAGAGGCUGCUGGUUCAGGUAUACCUGAAGUUAAGGCUUACUUGAAUGGCGUCGAUGCACCAGCAAUAUUUUCUCUCAGAACUCUCUUUGUCAAGAUUGCUGGCAGCAUUUCUGCCGUAUCAGGAUCUCUUGUAAUUGGAAAAGCAGGUCCCAUGGUUCAUACUGGUGCUUGCAUUGCAGCACUGAUGGGUCAAGGCGGGUCAAAGAAGUAUGGAUUAACUUGGAAAUGGCUGAAGUAUUUUAAAAACGAUAGAGAUCGACGAGAUCUUGUAACAUGUGGAUCAGCUGCUGGGAUGGCUGCUGCUUUCCGAGCUCCUGUUGGUGGUCUGUUGUUUGCUCUUGAAGAAAUGGCAUCUUGGUGGAGAAGUGCUUUAUUGUGGAGAGCCUUUUUCACUACGGCUGUGGUUGCAAUUGUGCUUCGGGCUUUGAUUGAUGUUUGUUUGAGUGGAAAAUGUGGACUCUUUGGUAAAGGAGGUCUCAUAAUGUUCGAUGUCACGUCAGCUAAUAGCGCAUAUCAGAUCCAGGAUGUGCCUCCUGUUCUUUUCCUAGCAUUUAUUGGAGGCAUAUUGGGAAGUUUGUACAACUUUUUACAGGAUAAGGUUCUGCGGAUUUAUAACCGAAUUAACGAGGGAGGAGCUGCUUACAAAAUAGUUCUGGCUCUUACGGUCUCCAUUUUCACAUCUUGUCUUCUUUUUGGACUACCAUGGUUGGCAUCUUGCCGACCUUGCCCUUCGGAUUCAUCAGAACCUUGCCCCUCAAUUGGACGGAAUGGUAACUUUAAGAAGUUUCAAUGUCCUCCAGGCCACUACAAUGAUCUUGCCAGUUUAUUUUUCAACAUGAAUGAUGAUGCAAUUAAAAACCUUUUCAGCAAGGACACUGAUAACGAGUUUCACCAUCUCUCAAUGCUAAUUUUCUUUACCACCUGUUUUUUCCUGAGCAUCUUUAGUUAUGGGAUAGUCGUACCAGCAGGUCUCUUUGUGCCUGUCAUUGUGACAGGUGCGGCUUAUGGUCGAUUUGUUGGGAUGUUGUUUGGUUCACACUCGACUCUUAACCAUGGCCUUUUUGCUGUAUUAGGUUCAGCUUCCCUUCUUGGGGGUUCUAUGAGAAUGACAGUUUCCUUAUGCGUAAUUGUCCUAGAAUUGACUAAUGACCUCCUCUUGCUACCUCUAAUGAUGCUAGUUCUUCUUAUCUCCAAAACUGUUGCUGAUGCAUUUAAUGGGAAUAUAUAUGACCUCAUAAUGAGGGCGAAGGGUUUUCCUUACUUGGAAGGUCAUGCUGAACCUUACUUGAGACAACUGGCAGUGAGUGAUGUGGUCCCAGGUCCACUCCAGCUCUUCAACGGCUUUGAGAAAGUUAGUAACAUAGUUCAUGUCCUCAAAACCACAGGGCAUAAUGGCUUUCCAGUGGUGGAUGAGCCCCCAGUUUCCGAAGCACCAAUUCUAUUUGGUUUGAUACUCCGCGCACAUCUUGUUACAUUGCUAAAGAAGAAACCAUUUCUUCAAAAUCCCGUACCUGCUGGAUAUGAUGCCUUUAACCAGAUUUCAGCUGAUGAGUUUGCAAAGAAGGGUUUAGACCAUGGAGACAGAGUGGAAAAUAUACAACUGACAGAUGAAGAGAUGGAUAUGUUUAUAGAUCUACAUCCUUUUUGUAACACUUCACCUUACACUGUCGUAGAGACUAUGUCCUUGGCGAAGGCUCUGGUGCUCUUCCGAGAAGUUGGUUUAAGGCAUUUGCUGGUAAUACCCAAGGUUUCUGGGAGGAUACCUGUUGUGGGGAUAAUGACAAGGCAUGAUUUCAUGCCAGAGCAUGUGCUAAGCUUGCAUCCAUCAUUGGAUAAGAGCAAGUGGAAAAGAUAAAGGUUCCAAUUACCUCGCGGGGUUAAAAUCUUUCAGAGACUACAUCGACGUUCUAAAAUAGUCCACUGAGGUACUUUGCGAAGAAAACGUGGUGAUGUUCGGCCAAAAUUGCAUAUAUUUACACAUAGGACUAAAGCGAUGUGAACUGAAGAAAACUAAAGCAGAUGUGAUUUGAAAAGAGUAUAAAGUGUACGAAAAAAGAAAGACAAGAACAAGUGGCUAAUGAUUGGGACAUGAUGGAGCAAUGAUUAGAAAAGGGUACAAUUGAAAGUGAAAUUGAAUUGAGAAUGAAAACACGUACUGGCAGCAGCCUCGCCCAGCGAAGUUUACAGCGAGCACUGAGCUCGCUUUCAAGGUCGCUCAGCGAGCUUAGUAUUGUCGGAAUUAAAAAUUCUCCCAAAUUAUUUUGGACUCGGUUAUUUUGUUUGGGCUUUUUACUACAUCUAUAAAUAAUUCGUAAGACACAGUUUUUAGAGAACUUUUUGACCUAGAGAGAGCUCGGAGCCGCAGUGGAGGCCGGAGAUUAUCGGGUUCUACCUUUUCUUCUCCAUACUACUAGUUUUUAUAUUUUCUUUAGAUGAUUUGUUGUUUUUCCUCCAUGUCUAUGUGGAGCUAAACUUCUCGUUCUAGGGUUGUGGUAAAGCAUGAAUAAUGAUGUUUGAUGAUUAUUUCUUAUCUUAAUACGAGUUGUUGAGUUUGAUUGUUUC